UUUCACUCCCUCCAAUUUGUUGAAAUACAUGAGCAUGCUUUUGGAAAUAAUGAGCAGAGAUAUAUAUUCAAUAUAUUCACUAGCCCCUGUGGGCUUCUCAGAUUUUCCCACCCGUUAGAGUUGUCAUGGAGACACCGGCUCCUGGUUCUGGGCUCUUAUUUUCCAGGGGCAUACCCAAUAAGAAGUGUGGGACCAUCAUCGUCAAGGCUGAAGAGCUAGGCAACUGCAGGGAAUCAGUGAUGAUGCAGUUCUGUGGCAACAAAUUGGACAAGAAGGAUUUCUUUGGCAAAUCCGACCCUUUCCUUGUCUUCUACCGCAGCAACGAAGAUGGAACGUUCACCAUCUGCCAUAAGACCGAGGUGGUGAAGAACACUCUGAACCCUGUGUGGCAGGCAUUUAAGAUCCCAGUACGAGCUCUCUGCAACGGAGACUAUGACCGAACGAUCAAGAUCGAGGUGUACGAUUGGGACAGAGAUGGAAGAGGCCAUGACUUCAUAGGAGAGUUCAGCACCAGCUACAGAGAGCUUUCACGGGGACAAUCACAGUUUAACGUGUAUGAGGUGGUGAACCCCAAGAAGAAAGGCAAGAAGAAAAAGUACCUCAACUCGGGAACUGUAACCCUGCUGUCCUUCCUGGUGGACAUUGAAGUCACCUUCCUGGACUACAUCAAAGGAGGCACACAAAUUAACUUCACCGUGGCGAUUGAUUUCACCGCCUCAAACGGUAACCCAGCUCAGCCCACCUCGCUCCACUACAUGAGCCCCUACCAGCUGAACGCCUACGGUAUGGCCCUGAAGGCUGUGGGGGAGAUCAUCCAGGACUACGACAGUGACAAGAUGUUCCCCGCCCUGGGCUUCGGAGCCAAGCUGCCCCCGGACGGCCGGAUCUCCCACGAGUUCGCCCUGAAUGGGAACCCCCAGAACCCGUACUGUGCAGGGAUAGAUGGUGUGAUGGAGGCCUACUACCAGAGUCUGAAGUCUGUCCAGCUGUACGGGCCCACCAACUUCUCUCCUGUCAUCAACCAUGUGGCCAGGUACGCAGCGUCGGUGAAAGACGGCUCCCAGUACUUCAUCCUCCUCAUCAUCACGGACGGGGUCAUCUCAGACAUGGCCCAGACCAAGGAGUCCAUCGUCAACGCCUCAUGUCUUCCCAUGUCCAUCAUCAUCGUAGGUGUGGGGCCUGCAGAGUUUGAUGCCAUGGUGGAGUUGGAUGGAGAUGAGGUCCGAAUCUCAUCACGAGGAAGAUAUGCAGAGAGGGACAUUGUUCAGUUUGUCCCCUUCAGAGACUACAUUGACAGGACAGGGAACCACAUCCUGAGCAUGGCACGGCUGGCUAAAGAUGUCCUGGCAGAGAUCCCCGACCAGUUCCUGUCCUACAUGAGGACCAGGGGCAUCAAGCCCUUGCCCGCGCCCCCUCCGUACACCCCCCCUGGACAGCCCAUCCAGACCCAGAUCUGAGGAGGGGCAGGCAGGCAGCACGCUACCACCGACGACCUCCACACAUACUUCCAUCUUUCUCGGCCCGUGCUCUCUCAGUCCUGAUGGUGCCAGUGGCUUGGGGGAGGGCUUUUAGGGACUCUGUAUCUUUCUCUAUCUCUGGUUGCACUAAGGGAGACUGGCUGACUGAUUGGCUAAAGCCUCCAUAAUGGGUCAAAGAGGGCAUGUUUACUUCCACUUUUAAGCGUUCCUCAGAUAUUUGGGAUUCUGUCUGGGAACACGCGAGAGACUCUUUCGAAUACACACCUGGGAAUGCAGACUAGAUCUGUAGGGGCCUCGCCCCUCACCUGGAAGAAUGGAGGGAGUGAGUCAAGAAAGGAAUGAAUGAGAACAAA